CAGAAAAUUACCUUCAUUCCCAUUUAGAAACUAGGUCAUUUUUCAUUUGCCUUCCAACGGUUGGGAUAUGAAAUCACCAAAAAGGGAAAAAGAAAAUUAGGCAACAACAUAAAAGAACAAACGAAACUUCAUGCUCCCAUGAGGCCGUGCGUGCGAUUUUAGAACUUGGGCCAAAUUUCUCAGGAAAGUGUGCAUUGGUACAAAUUUGCCAGUUCAAAUCCUAGGGUUCCAAACUUCAUUCCAGCUGAGCCCAUGGCGGAUGCUUCCGUCGCUGUUCUUGAAACAUUACGACUUAGGGGAUGGAAUUUCGCCGAUUCAGACGAAGUUAAGGCCGUAAUCAUGAUCGGUAGCGCCUUGGCCGAUGAUCCGAGUUCGGUCGUUGAUUCUGUGGAGUCGGAGCUCAUAAACAUGGAUCUCAGGUCCAUUGGAGGCAAGUCCUUGUCUGAACCUGCUCUUCUUCGCAAGUCUUCUCGUAUUCUCGGCCCAAUAGUUCUCCAGAUAUCAUCUGUAAAAGACAUAUCGCGAAGCAGCCUAGAUGGUAUCUUGAAGGCUUCUAAUGGUCGGCGUCUCCUACGGUUCGGUCUCACUGAUGGACACUCUGAGCUUACUGCUAUAGAGUACUCCCAUAUACCAUUUAUUCCUGAUGACAUUCCUCCUGGCACCAAGUUCGACAGAUGGAGAAGCAGCAUUCCACUUGUUCUUGGACGCCCCAGUUCGACAGAUGGAGAAGCAGCAUUCCACUUGUUCUUGGACGCCCCAUUUUCUCUUAGAGGAGCCGGGCCUAUUGGUGUUUCUGUGCUAGCUAUAGUUCAAGAAGCAAGCCAAGCUUUCUGGUUGCAGAUUCGUUUGGAAAAUAAAGCUCCAGUGCAUAGUGGAAUAGCAUGUUUAGGUCCAAAAGGGUUAUCGGUGCUUGGAGGUGUAGUUCCAACACUUUAUGAAGAAUGGAAAAUGAACCAAAAAUACUCCGGUUUAUCCCGUGCAUCCAUAAGAUUGUCACAGGGAGGAGAUAUUGAUGGUCCACCACCAUUUGAGAAGUUGCAAGUUGGAGUGCCUUCACAAAAACUUGGUCGGAAAGGAAAAUUUUCAUAUCAACAGGAGUCAUCUUCAAAGAGCAAUAGGCCUUCUGCCGAUUCAGGAAAUGUUGAAGGUAAAUCGACUAUACAGCAACAAAGCACAGACGUGAAAGCUACCAAUUCUGUCAAUUCUGUUUCCCAUUUAGAAAAGGCUGAGGAAAAACCAAGCAGCUCUGAAACAAGACCAAAGGAAGUUGUGGAAGCUGUUCCUGUCCAAAAUCAGGCUGCCUCUCAGAAACUACUUUACAAAAUGAGUCGACCAAGUGGAAACCGUCCGCCUUUCAAGAAUAGAAACCACAGGGGGAAGGGCAGAAUGGAAGAUCAGGAGGUCUAUACUCUAGAAGAGUAUGAAAGGAGAAAAUCAGGGACCAGUCAAUUACCAAAAGAGACAUCUUCAUAUACGAAUCAUGAUGAAGAACUUGCACGGCAACUUCAAAAUAAAUUUGAUUUGGAAGACUUUCAUGUACAAGACAGUACAAGCAGAACAAACGUGGAAGAUAUAAGAAUGAGCAUGUUCAACUUCGAAAGGGAUACGUAUACACCACAUGGUAGUGGGAGAGGGAGGGGAGGAGGAGGACGAGGGAGAAGAGGAAGAGGACGAGGAUGGGGAAGAGGAAGGCAUUAUUGAAUGGUUACAUCUUCAUUUUGCAUUAAAAUGUUUUAUCUACAAUUAUGAAUUUUUCAUGUUUUAUGCUUAGUUCUAUUUAGGAUUGGCUCAAACUUAUUUUGAGCAUUUUGUUACCAAGUUUUGGCUUAGGUUUAGUGGGUUGGUGUAUAGCCAUACUUUUUAUUGAAUUACAUUCCUUGGAUCCCUAAACUAUGGUUUUAUGAACUCCAUUUUUGUUUUUGUAGAUACGCAAAUGAAAGCUUGUGAGUGAUGAGAUACAACCUUAUUUGGUAAAUACAAAAUUUUGUGUUGGCAUGCA